AAUUUUUCUAUUAUCAACAAGGAGAGAAAGAAGUUAGGAAGUGGCGUGUGUGUGCAAAUGAAGUCAAAAGGGAACGGUGAUAUUGGGCUGGCUGCUGCAUUUUGAAGGCUAUUUUCUAAGCAAAAUUUCUCUUUUUUGGAGUUUAGAGGAUCUGCAGGCCGCAGAAGCCGCCCUGGAAUCAUCCGACGAAGACAACGGUGGAGAGUCACCGCCACCACAAAAGAAAGCUCGCCUUACGGAAUCGGUCACUUCAGACCUGUUUGCAUUGCCAGCUUCUAAAACGAAAGAAACAACUGUUAUGCACGACGAAGUCCGCGUAACUCAGGCUGGAGGUGAGAAAGAACAAGCCACGAAUGGUGAUUUACCUUGUGGAAAAUUGAUUGCAAAUGGUGGCGGUGACGAAGUGGCGGUGGAAGGAAGCUCAGUUGUUCUCAAGCGUAAACUUAGUAGGUUUGACGGAGAAGUCAUUCGGCUGAUUGGGCAACAUCUUCAAAAUAUGGGUUUACAGAAAACUGUUAGUGCUCUGAUGAGAGAAACAGGUUGUAAGUUGGAGAAUCCCGCUGCUUCAACUUUUAGAGAGAACAUUCUGAAUGGUGAUUGGGACAAGGUAGAAUUUGUACUGAAGGAGCUUCAGCCAGUUUUAGAUGACAGUAAUAGUUAUAACCAAAUGAAAUGUUUGAUUUUGGAACAAAAGUACCUGGAGUUACUAGAAGAUGGGAGAGUUAUUGAAGCUUUGCAUUGCUUAAGAGUAGAAAUAACACCAUUGCAAUCAAAUCAGGCAAAGCUUCAUGAAUUGAGCAGCUUACUUAUGUGUAGUAGCUCAGAUGAGCUUCACACAAAAGCAAAGUGGGAAGGAAAAGGCAAUUCAACUAGACAAAAGUUAUUUACAAAAUUACAAGAUUUUCUACCAGCUUCAGUAUUACUACCACCUAAAAGAUUAGAAUCGCUACUUGGCCAAGCCAUUGAAUUACAGAAGUCAAAUUGUAUAUACCAUAAUACAUCAAUGGAUGCAAAGCUAACAGAAUUCUCGCUGCUAAGCGACCACCAUUGUGAAAGCAAAUACUUUCCAUGUGAAACAAGGCAAGUCUUGUCCAUACAUUGCGAUGAGGUUAUGUUUAUACGCUUUUCUCAUGACGGUAGAAGGCUGGCAAGUGGCUCUAAAGAUGAAACAGUCAUCAUCUGGAACAUAGAAGCGGAUGAAAAGUUAGUGAAGUUUCGCACUCUAGAGAGGCAUACACAUGGAGUGUCGUAUUUAUCAUGGAGCCCGGAUGACAAGCAUUUAAUUGUUUGUGGCACUGAUGACUGUGCAGAGCUUUGGAUUUGGCACGUAGAGACUGGGGAACUGAAGUGUAGGAUGAGUCAUUCACCUGAAGAUAGUCUAACUUGCUGUGCGUGGUAUCCUGAUGGAAAGAAGUUUGUUACUGGUGGAAUGAGAGGACAGUUUUAUCAAUGUGACUUGGACGGCAAUGUCAUUGAGUCUUGGGAAGGAGUCAGGGUGAUUGGCGUCAGUGUUUUGGAUGACAACGAAACUGUUUUAGCUGCAGACACCCACAUGAGGGUGAGAACGUACAAUUUUGAAGAUAACAGAGACAGUGGGCUAAUCCACGAGAGUCAUUCAAUAAUGUCAUUUAAUGUAUCACAGAAUAACCGAUACAUGAUUCUCAAUGUUGCACUACAAGGUAUAAAUCUAUGGGACAUCAAAGACAAAGCUUUAGUUAGAAAGUUCCGUGGAGUUACACAAGGCUACUAUAUGAUCCACUCGUGUUUCGGAGGUGUCAAUGAAGAUUUUAUUGCAAGCGGGAGUGAAGACAAUGAUGUGUAUAUUUGGCACCAGCGGCUGGAAGGAAGACCAAUUGCAACACUGAAAGGUCAUUCAAGAACAGUAAAUUGUGUUCACUGGAAUCCAAAGAUCCCUAGUAUGCUAGCGUCAGCAAGUGAUGACGGCACUAUCAGAAUCUGGGGCCCGUCACAAAGACUUGAAGACCGAGAUGUUCUAUGAAUAUGAUGCUGGUAGUCUCAGCCAAGAUUUUUCUAGCAAAUGAUGCAGGACACGUCCUUUCAUAUAUGAUAAUGAUGAGUACAGACACUUUUUUAUGUAGCUUUGUCAUCUAUUUUAUCUUUUGUCUGCUUUAUUGUAGUACUAACAGCAUAAAAAGGAGAUUCCCUAAAGCAAUCUUGUGAGAUUGACUUACCCAAAUUUUUUCUAAAACAUGUUAUAAACCUUUUUCAUCAAAGUUGAAACAAAAUUACCCUACCAAGUUUCCUUAAAUUUGAAUUUUGCAUUUCAAAAUGAAUGAUUGUAUUCUGUUGCCAGCAUAACCCACUGUGUUAGACAAUUUUCAGUGAUCUUUCAGGGGUUAAUAAGCAAACUGUUUUGAAAAGUCAGUAUUUAUGUGCAACAAAGUUUAUCAGGAAUCAUAUAAAUUACACUAUCCAUAUAUUAAUUAAUGAAUAAUAUAUGUGUGAGAAGUGUAUUGGUAACUCGUUCACAUGUUAAUAUAAAUGAUAUAAUAAUAUAUUAAUUUAUUUUUCCUCUAGUCAUGUUAGUUGUCACAAAUCCUUUACCCCACUUUAUAAUGUUUUCCAUUUAAGUCUGGUAUUGAAGUCUGAUUUCUAUUUGUGAUCAUAUUCUUAGUCUUUAGUUGAUGUUAUGAACUUUUUUACUGGUUGUUUCUUGUGUAAAAACUUUUGAAUGUAUGUGGACACUACAACAUUAAAAGCAGUUGCAUUUGUUUUCCUGGUAUUCUGUUAGUUUUUUGUGUGGGGAAAUUGUUUAAAGUUCUUCAUACCCUCCUCCUUGAAAAAAAUACAUCAAAUAUUUAUUUUUAUACAAGCAGUUUUCAAUUGUCAUUUUUGUCCCUCGAAUUAAUAAAAAAUUAACUUAAUUUCCUGCUGUAUCUUUGCCCCUAUUUUCUAGAACAUUUGGUAUUCUUUAACAUAACAGCACCAGUUUUGUCAGCUGAGGUAGAAACAUAAUCUUGAUUAUUUGCACAAAAAACUAAACGUUUAUUGCCACUUCAAGACAUACCUUACCGUGCAUAUCAUUAUAAUAAGAACCCCUUUCAAUUUUACCACCUAUUUUGUUCUAGUGCUGUUGGUUGCUUUAGAUUUCAAGAAGUACUCAUCACAGGGCGUUUGUGUAUAUAAUUUGUAUAUUUGAUGUGUAACUAUUUUACCAUGUUUUGUCUAACUACUGGUAAUUUUAUGUACUUCAAAUCAUGGCUGUAAUUUGUUAAUAGUGAAAUUUUGACCUAGAAUCGUUAUAUUUAUUGCAACAGUUAUUGCAAAUGUAGCAAGUUUGUUUGAGAGCAUUCAUCAUAA